AUGGCUUCCGAAACAUCCGCAGCCCCUUACACAGUACCGCUGCUCAUCAACGGCAUCGAGGAAACGACCUCCGCGACCCUCGACGUGAUCUCGCCCUACACAUCCACCACGUGCUGGACCGCCUCAAGUGCUACGCCCGCCGACGCCAUCCGGGCCGUUGAGGCCGCAGAAGCUGCACUCCCCUCCUGGUCCGCAACCAAGCCAACUGUGCGCCGGGACAUCCUCCUGCGGGCAGCCGAUCUGCUCGAGGAGCGGCUUGUUGAAAAUGCCAGCUUCAUGAGAACUGAAAUGGGCGCUGACGUGGGCGCCAGCCAGUUCUUCGUGGUGCCUCUCAGCAUCAGGAUGCUGCGUGACCUCGCGGGCAGGAUCACGGGUAUCUGUGGCAGUGUUCCGGUCGUCGAGGAGGAAGGCCAGAGCGCCAUCGUCUUCAAAGAAGCGAUUGGCGUGACGCUGGGCAUCGUGCCUUGGAACGCACCGUACGUCUUCGGGGUCCGCGCCGCCGCCUGUGCACUCGCAGCUGGAUGUACCACCAUUCUCAAGUCUUCCGAGCUCACCCCUCGCUGCUACUUCGCGCUUGCGCGCGCCUUUACCGAUGCUGGGCUUCCCGCUGGCUGCCUCAACGUCAUCUCGUGCCCGGCUUCGGAUGCCGCGGAAGUCGUCAACACCAUGAUCGCCCAUCCCGCGGUUCGCAAGGUCAACUUCACCGGCAGCACGGCCGUCGGCCGGAAGGUCGCCAAGGUGUGCGGUGAGAACCUGAAGCCGUGCUUGAUGGAGCUCGGGGGCAAGAACUCGGCUAUCGUGUGUGAGGAUGCGGAUUUGAAUGUUGCGGUGCCGCAGGUGAUUGCGGGCUGUUUCUUGAACUCCGGACAAAUCUGCAUGGCAGCCGACAGAAUCCUAGUCCACGCCUCUAUCAGCGCAGCCUUUACCGCUGCUAUGCAAGCCGCUCUCGCCCAAUCCGCAUCCAGCUCCCCCGAGGCCCCAACCCUUGUGACAGCCGGCUCCAAAGCCCGCGUCGAAGCCCUGGUCUCCACCGCCCUCUCCUCCGGCGCGCAGAUCAUCCACGGGCCCGCCCCCGCCGCAGCCCCUCCCUCCACCACCACCGCUGGUGUCCGGUUCGCACCGACCGUCCUCGGCUCCGUGGCCGAAAGUUCGCCGGUCUGGCAAGACGAGAUCUUUGCCUCCCUCGCCUGCCUGAAGGUCGUCAGCAGCGACGACGAGGCCAUCGCGGUCGCGAACUCCGGCGGGUACGGCCUCUCGGCGUCGAUCUUCACGGCGGAUCUGCGCAAGGGCCUGAAGAUGGCGCGGAAGAUCGAGAGCGGCGCCGUGCACAUCAACAGCAUGACGAUCCACGAUGAGCCGGUGCUGCCGCACGGUGGCGUCCGAAACUCGGGCUGGGGUCGCUUCAAUGGCGAUAUGGGCUUGAACGAGUUCUUGGUUACCAAGGCGGUCACUUGGAUGGAUUAG